CUUCCAGCUGUCAUGUAUGUGAUGGGAGCCCUAGGGCCGGCAGCGGGAUAUCUGUUAGGAGGAGUUCUGAUUGGUUUCUACGUCGACCCCACAACUGUCGUCCAUAUUGACCAGAGUGACCCACGCUUUGUUGGCAACUGGUGGAGUGGGUUCUUGCUGUGCUCUAUAGCCAUGCUCCUGGUCAUCUUCCCCAUGUUUGCCUUCCCUAAGAAGCUGCCUCCGCGCCACAAGAAGAAGAAGAAGAAGAUGACUUCAUCAGUAGAUGACGUGUCCAGCGAUGAUGAUUUUAUGAUGGAGAAGGGGGAGGGACAGAACGUCCAGACCGGCAUGGGCUUCGGGAAGGACAUCAAAGACCUCCCCAAGGCAGCGAUAAGGAUCCUGUCCAACACGACGUUCCUGUUUGUCAGUCUGUCCUACACAGCAGAAUGUGCCAUCGUUACAGCCUUCAUCACAUUCAUUCCCAAGUUCAUAGAGUCCCAGUUUGGCAUCCCUGCUUCUAACGCCAGCAUAUACACAGGUGUGAUCAUCGUGCCCAGUGCUGGGGUGGGUAUCGUCCUAGGGGGCUACAUCAUCAAGAAGCUGAAGUUGGGAGCCAGAGAGUCAGCCAAGCUGGCUAUGAUCUGUAGCGGGGUGUCUCUGCUCUGUUUCUCCACGCUCUUCAUAGUGGGCUGUGAGAGCAUCAACCUGGGAGGUAUCAAUAUACCAUACACCACUGGGCCCACUCUGACUAUGACCCAUCAUAACCUGACUGGAGGCUGUAAUGUGAACUGUGGCUGUAAGAUCCAUGAGUAUGCCCCUGUGUGUGGCUCUGACAGCAUCACCUACUUUAACCCCUGCCUGGCUGGGUGCAGCAUGGUGAGCAACGGCAGCACUGGGAUCAGAAACUACACAGAGUGUACGUGUGUCCAGAGCCGACAGGUCAUCAGCCCUCCCGCUGGUGGUCAAGGCAACCAACUGCAGCUGGUCAUCGUUAAGACCUACCUGAACGAGAACGGCUUCGCGGUGUCGGGGAAGUGUGACCGCACCUGUAACACCCUCAUCCCCUUCCUCAUCUUCCUCUUCAUCGUCACACUCAUCACCGCCUGCGCCCAGCCCUCCGCUAUCAUAGUCACUCUCAGGUCUGUGGAUGAACAGGAGAGACCAUUCGCUCUGGGGAUGCAAUUUGUCCUGUUAAGAACUCUGGCAUAUAUUCCCACUCCCAUCUAUUUUGGGGCGGUGAUCGACACCACCUGUAUGCUGUGGCAGCAGGACUGUGGCGUCCACGGCUCCUGCUGGGAGUACGACGUCACUUCCUUCCGCUUCGUCUACUUCGGCCUGGCCGCCAGCCUCAAGUUCAUUGGCUUCAUCUUCAUCUUCCUCACCUGGUACUCCAUCAAGUACAAGGAGGAGCAGGCGGAGCGCUGGCACCAGCGACUACCCCCGUUGGGCACUGUCUCUGACCUCAUCUGCCACGUGGGGGGCCAGAAGAGCCACGCCCGAACCCGCUCCUGCCCGGUGUUCAUCCCGCCUUGCGACCACCCUCCCGUGGCACUCCUUCUCAACCGGGGUCACAGCACCAUCACCCUCGUUAACAGAGCAAUAAACCCACCCCUCCCUCUCUGCUGAUGCCACACACAGUAGCCCCGCCCACAUAUGAGAGCAGGAAGUAAACAGACCACACCUCUUCCUCUUUAGGUCACACCUCUACCUGUUCCUCCCCGGGGGUUGUGACACGUGCCUUCCUGUUCUUGUCUCCACCCUGUUUCUAAAAUAUACACCAAUCAGGUGGUGGGGGCGGUGAUUUCCAUGGCUCUGAUUGACAGGCAGAGAGACCAAUAGACUGAUAGUGACAGAGGGCAUUUGUGGUAUUAAAGAGCUGGCCACAGUUAUAUGGGCGUGUCACAGGGGAACAGCUCGACUCCCUAUUGACCUACAGAGCUGUCUGUCUCUGCUGUGCACAUCAUUAGCUGCAGUGGCGGCUGGUGGGAGGAGCUAUAGGACAGGUUCAUUGUAAUGGCUGAAAUGGAAUUAAUGGAAUGGAGUCAAACAAGUGUUUCCAUUGAUACCAUUCCAGCCAUUACAAUGAGCCCAUCCUAUAGCUCCUCCCACUAGCGACACAGCAUGUACAGAAGUUAACACACAAGUGUUUGGGAUCAAUUCGAAUUGAAGGCAGUCAAUUCAGGAAGCAAACUGAAUCGAUAGUCAAUGACUUCUCAAACUGAAAAUAAGCUAUUUAUGUAAAGUUUUCAAUUUUGGAAUUUUAAAUUCAAAUCACUUCCUGAAUUGACUCCAACCCUGAUACACUUCAUAAAUCAAAAUGUUUGUGUAUCAACAUGAUCACAUGGUGCUACUGUACUGUAAAAUGGGCUGGGCAUUAGUAUAUUCUAAUAUUAUUCUUCUCAGAAGGGACAUGUGGGUACUACAUUACCCAUGAUGCCUCAUCACAGUUGCAGCGUUUCUCUCAAGCACAACAUACUAACUGACAAACCUGUUCUAUUCUAUGCAAGUUCCUGUGUACUCCCAUACAGACAGACAUACACCUCUCAGUACUGUAUUGACUUACUGUACCCCUCUCUGUGCUUGCAUCUCAAAUGGCACCCUAUUCCCUAUAUAGUGCACUAUUUUUGACCAGGGUCCAUAGGGCUCUGGUCAAAUGUAGUGCAUUAUACAGGGAAUAGGGUGCCUUCUGGGACACAGCCUAUCACCCAUUCAAUCACAUUAUACCACAGCUGAGCAUAUCCAGCUAAUAUUGAAUGUGGUUAGCAGCAACAUUAAACAGUACUAUUUAGGAGGGGAUUAUAUCGACUUAAAACUCAGUCAUACAUGAGACAUUUGUCAGGUUCUGUCUGUCCUUGUGACCGUCUGUUUAAACUCUUGGUUCAGAGCAGAGAAUGGGCCACCCAUUUAUUUGAAACAGUAACUCAGGCUGUGUGGGCCUAUCAUUGGUUGCUGGCUAGCUGAUUAAUGCUAAUAGUUACGAGGGUAACCUGCUAGCCAACUAGCUUGCUUAUAUCCAAUGGCUAGUUAGUAGCUAAUGCUAAUAGCUACCAGGCUAACUGGCUAGCUAGCUAAUAUCCAAGGGCCAGAUACUGGCUAAUGCUAAUAGCUACCAGUAUAGGCUAACUAGCCUAUAUCAAAGAUUAUGGAUAUAGUGACAAGAUACAUGUCUCUCCAUCCUAACAACCGGAGUCAUUGUCCACAAAGCAGCACGACUGGCUGUCUAGCUCCCAGCUAUUCUUUCUUUGGAUAUGUGGAUACAUUUCAUUAUUGUAAUCCUGAAUAUUCGAUGAAGGUUGUUGACGUGAACCGAUAUAUUCAAUGGGCAGAGAUGCUAUGCUACUAGCCUCAUGCCAUGAAUAUGCAUAGCCAUCUUGAGACAACUCCUCAUAUGAAGUGUUUUUUUCUCAAAGUUGGAUGUCAUGUGUCCUAGUUAUAUCAGUAUACUCGUAACAACUUAAGCAUUACAACACUUUUAUUAGAUCAAGUAAACCUCAUGUAGCAAAUAAGCCAUAAACAAAAUGUAUUGACCAAAUUCGAUACUCUUAUUAACCUCCGUACCAAGCAAGGCUUGGUGGGUGAAACAACGAACAAACGAGGGAGACAUAUUUCCCCUCGAGUUGGGCCUCUCUCUUCCUCUCUGCCUAUAUCCAAAGACGAGUUACUAACGAACUGGCCACCUAGUCAGGAGUGGUGGUCUGCACCAUAGAUAGUUAGUCUGUGUGGAGUUAGUCUUCAUUAGGACUUUAACUUUACUCCAGGGCAAUGGGGAACACAAACACAGUAUUGUAUUUAUAACAUAACAUUAGGUGGUUUUUGCUGGAAGGGAAAACUCAGUCAUAAUCCUCAUCCAAAAGAAUAUGACAUAAGAGAACUAAAAGCUGUCAUUUUAACUGCAAAUAUCUACAAAAUGUCUUGUUUUGCUUUUUACUUGUUUGAAAAAGUAUUGAAUUUGUUUUGAAUUGAAUUUCCCUUUUUAUGUUAAAGGGGUAAUUUGGGAUUUUGGCAAUCUACUUCCCCAAAGUCAGAUGAACUCGUGGAUACCAUUUUGAUGAAGGAAGUUAGAGGUAGUUUUGCGAGCCAAUGCUAACUAGUGUUAGCUCAAUGACUGGAAGUGUAUGGGUAUCUACUAGCAUGAACCCAGCCCAUUUACAAACUGACUCUCUAGGUCCAAUAUUGCUUCAUUUCAGCAUUGUUGUAUUGACAUUUAGGCAUUUAAGAAGUAGUGUAGUAAGGAAUAAAUCAACAAAGCCCAUUAUAUCAACAGAUAAGUCACAAUAACAAGAAACAAUAUAACAGAUUUUUUUUUAAUCAUUCAGUUCAGGAGUGACUGGGACCCACCCUCUGCUGGACAUAAACAUGAAUUGCAGCCCGGAGUGAAAAAGACAGUGAACGGUCUACCCUUUACCAAGGUUUCCCAGAAAUUCCAUUAAGAAGAUUUCCGGAAUCAUGAGGGAAUAAGCAUGAUAUCCAUAAUCCUCCCGGAAUUUUUGGAAAACCUGUGAAAGUUACUGGAAUUUUGCAACCCUACACAGACCUACUACUAAUACUGUUUUUGUACAACUGGACUGCUGCUGUGAAUUUACUACUUGUUUUUGUUUUCUAGGACACUUUUUAAGAAGAUAAACCAUUAUGAACAGCAACUACAGUAUUUAUACCUUGUUUGGCAUGAGGCAUGCCUCAUAUAAAUUAUAUAUUUGCGCUUUUAAAACCGGUUUCCAAAGAACAGCGGAUUUAUCUGAUGCAGUGGUAAAGUGUUAUGAAUUAGGCUGGGAUUCAAUCCCGAUCGGGCUUUGUCCACAAUGCAUGUUUUAAAGGCAAUGUUCCCACGUCCGCGGAGACCACCGUCACAGUAAAGGCUGCAUAUGUUGGCUCAAUCGGAAGUUACUUUAAAUGGCACAUUGUCCAAAGGCUGCGAUGGCAUUAAAUCCCAGCCUAAAUGUCUUUGUCCUCAAGUUAUGUAAGAGACUGCUGUGUGUCUAUGAUGAUACUUGGCUGAAAAAUGCCAAGUUAUGGUUUCUUAUUAGUAUGAUCGUGAAUUAGUAGCUAACUGUUCCCAAACUAUUAUCAUGUAAAUAUUUAAAGAUAUAAAGCCAACUUAUUAUAGAGCUUAAACUUAGUUAGAAGUAGGUAUUUAUGAACUAACCCUAACCAUUGUAGACGACAUCAUAAAAUGACUUCAAAAUACAAAAACAAGGAAACCGUAUAUUUGCUUCUCUGUGCCUGAAUGACCUACAGUAUUUUACAUAGGAACGACCUGUUACAUUGAAUUUGGGGGAUUGGUCUAGUGGGUUGUAUUUUGCAAUAUGUUUUUUUGUUGAUAGGUCCAUUUGAAUUGGUUGGUGUUGAAGCCCUCUCUUUGGCUCCAUCCAAAACGACUUAGUUUGCAUCUCAAAUGGCACCCUACUCCCUUAAUAGUGCACAUAGGGGUCUGGUAGUGCAAAAGUAGUCCCCAUGCAUCCCCUAUUUCCCACGCAACCUGGCCAUAAGUAGUGACCUAUGUAAGGAAAAGGGUGCCAAUUGGGACAGGAUGGUAUUGUUACCCAGGAUGCCCUUUACCUCCAUUCAACAAGGUGUAAGCAGUACUAUAGGAAGGCUUGAACUGCGUCCGAAAUGGCACCCUAUUUCCUAUAUAGUGCACUAUAGGGCAUAGGGUGCAAUUGCAGAUGUAGCCUUAGCCUUCUCGCAACACUUCUCCAAGGUAGACUGUAGACUUGCUUUCCAUCUCUUUCUCUCCUUUCUCUCGCUCUCUUUUGAUCAGUAUUUCUUCAGAACGUGUUUUCAUUAUUUCAUAGACUGACAGUGUACUCUGACAGUGUAUUCCAUCCCAAAUGGCACCCUAUUCCCUAAAUAGUGCACUACUACCCAUAGGGCUCUCUGGUCAAAAGUAGUGCACUAUAUAGGGAAUAUGCUGCUAUUUGGGAUGCAAACUGGAGGUCUGCAGCCCUUGAUUUGUGUUCCUCAGGAGCAGAAGUCGAAACCAUAUUUGUGGACACUUGGGCUCCAUACUUGCGAACAUUAGAACAUUUUCUCAGUCUCAAAAUGCGCAUCAGCCAAUUCAAAUCGGUGACAUAGUUGCACCUUGUAAAAUGCUAUAUGUUAGCUGUUCCCAUUAUAUAAUCUGGCACAUUUAGCCAUAUGCUAACCAGGCGGCAGUGAUUAUUUCCUGUAAGAAAUUCCACAUCAGCCUAUCAAGAUCUUAGACUUUAUAUCCAUCAACCAAUGGCAUUUCUUAAAAUAGGUCGACUUGGCCACCAGAUGUAUAUUUUAAACUUCCAAAUUAAAUUACUUUUGUUCCACUUGAUCUGUCACAAUUGUAGUGUGCCAAUAUUUCAUGACAAUGAAUCCUUGACUAGGCUACUAAAAUUGAAGAGGCACAUUUUUGCUCAUCCAUUUCACACACGUUCAUGUGCUUUUACGGGAAAAAGAUAAAGGUCUAUAAAACGUUUAUUAAGUUUAUCGUACAUCGUUAGCGUAUGCCACUAAGGUGAUGUGAAUCUUCGGAGUACAGUAACCGUGGGUUAGAGGAUCUCAUGAAGCUCAUGAAGGGAAAAAAAAAGAAAAUUACCAGAAGCCAGACUUACAACACUGACCUAUCCAUCCAGUUGAAAUGUUGCAUGUAUUUUAGUAACUUUAAUUAGCAGAUGGUGCCGUUUGAGUCAUGUUAAAGAUGCUCUCGUGGAAAAGUGGCCCACUACGUUAGCAUUUGGCUGAUGCAGAAUUUGUUAACGGGCAUGAUCACUGCCACCUGGUCAGGUUAGCAUAGGACUAAAUGUGUCAGGUUAUCUAAUGGGAACUUCCAAAGUAAUGUUUUAUCAUGUGCAACUACGUCAACGAUUUUAGUUGGCUGAUGCACAUUUUGAGACGGAGAAACUCUGAACUUAAACUAAUGGACCCUUGGUUUACAAAUGCCUUGAAUACUUGAUAUGUGUCAUUAAAAAACUGUAAAAAGGA